GUUGUGCGCCGGAAUGUGCUAUUAGUGGCUAUAACGCGUGUCAAGAUGGAAGGGUUUUCGAGCCUGGGGUUGUCUUCCUGGCUUAUCGAUCAGUGCAGCCAACUGGGCAUAUUAAAGCCUAGUCCUGUACAGGAGAAUUGCAUCCCGCCGAUCUUGGAAGGCCGAGACUGCAUGGGAUGUGCAAAGACUGGCAGUGGAAAAACAGCCGCCUUUGUGCUGCCUAUUCUCCAAAAACUCUCUGAGGAUCCCUUUGGAAUAUUCUGUCUGGUUCUGACACCAACUCGAGAACUCGCAUAUCAGAUUGCAGAGCAAUUUCGGGUCCUAGGGAAACCACUGGGCUUGAAGGAUUGCAUUAUAAUUGGUGGAAUGGAUAUGGUCGCACAAGCUCUGGAGUUGUCCAGGAAGCCACAUAUUGUAAUAGCCACACCAGGCCGGUUGGCUGAUCACAUCCGGAGUUCAAACACUUUCAGCAUCAAGAAGAUUCGUUUCUUGGUGAUGGAUGAGGCUGAUCGGCUGCUAGAGCAAGGCUGCACAGAUUUCACCCAGGAUUUGCAGGUUAUACUUGAAGCUGUCCCUGCACAACGCCAGACCCUGUUAUUCAGUGCAACCCUUACAGACACCCUGCAGGAGCUGAAAACUGUUGCCAUGAACAAGCCCUUCUUUUGGGAGUCCACCUCAGAGGUAAGAACAGUGGAGCAGUUAGACCAGCGAUAUAUCCUAGUGCCUGAGAAGGUUAAGGAUGCCUAUUUGGUGUAUCUGAUUCAGAAGUUUCAGGAUGAACAUGAAGAUUGGUCGAUCAUGAUCUUCACUAACACUUGCAAAACCUGCCAAAUUCUUAAUAUGAUGUUACGUGAAUUCAGCUUCCCAUCUGUUGCUCUGCACUCCAUGAUGAAACAGAAGCAAAGAUUUGCUGCUCUUGCCAAGUUCAAGUCAAGUGUUUUCAAGAUUCUUAUUGCAACGGACGUGGCAGCUAGGGGCCUGGAUAUACCUACUGUCCAGGUUGUAAUCAACCACAAUACCCCCGGUCUGCCCAAAAUCUACAUUCACCGGGUGGGUCGCACAGCAAGAGCAGGAAGAAAUGGAAUGGCAAUAACGUUAGUCACUCAGUAUGAUAUUCACCUGGUACAUGCAAUUGAAGGGCAAAUCAAUAUGAAACUCGAGGAGUUUAAAGUGAAGGAGAAUGAGGUGCUGAAAAUUUUAACCCAGGUGAACGUGGCCCGACGGGAAUGUGAAAUAAAACUUGAAUGUACAGACUUUGAUGAGAAAAAAGAGAUAAACAAGAGGAAACAGCUUAUCCUGGAAGGAAAGGACCCUGAUCUGGAAGCUAAACGGAAGGCAGAACUUGAGAAAAUAAAGAAGCAGAAGAAGAAAUUCAAGGAGCACAUUCAGGAGACUAUACAAAAUAAGAGGGAUGCUCAAGUGCGGAGGAAGCGAAAGAAGAAACUUCUUCGUCAGCAGGAGAAAGCUGCUAAGGCUUCCCAAUGAUAAGCUGCUGGGAUCAGGCUUUUGUCUGACUUUCUCUGUUUAACUGGACUUUUUUGUGCCCUAACUUAAGAGAAACCAUGGGCUGGUUGAGCUCAGCUCUUCCACACAGGACUAAGGUUUGGACUUGGCAAAGACAUUUAUUUUGAACAAGGGUAAAUGGCAAUGCACUUUCUCCUUUUCCCAUGUCUGUGGAUGCUUGCCUCUUUCAUAGAAAAUCUGGCACACCAAGAUAUGUUUAGGGAACUGUUUUGUACAGAAAACAACCAAAAUAACCUUAAUAUUGAUCACUGUUCUCCCAUGUAAACAUUUGUACAUUUCUACUUAUUCUGGCAGUUAUCACACCAGGAGGUUACAAUGGCAAAAGACAAAAAAAAAAAAGCUGUUUACUACCAGUCCUAUGUUUUUGGUUUCUUACUAAUAUGGCUCAGCAACCAAUUCCAUUAAGGCAGUUCAAUAAUGAAGAGGUCACAUUAAAGCUGA